AUGUCGAAUGGAGAAUCUGCAACGGCGACUGAUCAGCAGAUGGAAUUAAUGCAGAAGAUGCGAGAAGAGUUCUUGCACCAAUUUGAAACACUUCGUCAGGUGAACGAAGCCAGCGUAGCCCAAAUUGCAUUACUUCAACAGCAAAACGAUACCUUUCAAACUAUUAUGCCUGAGUUGAAACCUCAGCCACCACCAGUUGAUGUGGCCGCGCCUCCUCCCAACCAAAACGAUCCUCAGGUUAACGAGCCUCAGGUCAAUAGGGUGCGGCCUAAUAAAGCUCGGCCCAACGAAGUUCAGCAAGAGCAGAGGACAAGGACCAAGGCGAUUGCUUCGGACAAUCUUCCUCGUCGCACGCAAGACGAACAGGCCGAGUCCAGCCGUAAGCUUACUGUGUGGUCUAAUGGUGUUCCAAAUGGUGCAGGAGUAAAUGAGGUCUUUGAUGAGAAGAGACUCCUGAGAGUUCAAACGCCUGCCGAGAUGGCUAGGGAGCACAAUAAUUCUCUAGUGAAGACCGCAUUCACUGACGAUGUAUACCUUAUUGACAGACCUAAGAAAUUCACUAUGCCUUCCACUACCCAGUUUGAUGGUAUGGGAGAUUCUUCUCGGUACCUAGAUCACUACGCACAAAAGAUGGCUCUUGACGAUCACAACGAUCCAUGGAUGUGCAAAGUUUUUCCUACCAGUCUAACCGGAGCUAUGCUGGAGUGGUUCAGGAAUAGGCCACACAAAUCUAUUCCAGACUAUGAAAAUCUGUGCACUAUGUUCCUGGCACAGUAUUGCGGAAAUAAGAAGCAAAAGAAGAGUAUUGCUAGCCUCUUCACUAUAAGGCAAAAGAAAGGCAAAACAUUACAGGAUUUCUUGUCCAGAUUUAACAUGGAGGCUUCGGAAAUAGCAGAUUACCAUCCUGCUACUGCAAUAGAAACUUUCAAGCUUGCAAUGAUUCAAGGAACCAAGUUUCAUACAUCCCUGAUUAAAUAUUCCCCUCCGAAUAUGCAGACUCUCAAUGCUAGGGCACAGAUCUACAUCCAGCUUGAGGAGAAUAUAGCCCACCAAACGCAACAUGUCACCCUCGUCACAGUGGAGAACAAGCCUCGGAAAAGAGUUUCAAAUUCAAAAAGCCAAAAAAACCAGCAUGCUUCAACACCAAUAAUUCAGGUACCCGAGAAAAGGCAAAGGACAGAGGAAAGAUUCACACCUCUUCGCACAACAUUGGCUUGGCUAUUCCAAGAAAAUAAGAUGAAGUUUGCAGCCCCUCAGCCAAUAAGCAACCUUUGGGCAGAGACACAAGAGCAAGUACUGCGCCUACCAUAG